UUCUGCAAGAGAAGAUGCAUUUGUUGAUGCUUCAUCAGAGGGCUCUGAUCUCACUCUGGAUCCAAACAAAACACAAACACAGCGUGACUGGUCUGAGCACAAGCCACAGGAGCAGUUGAAGAGUCCUUCACGUUUCACACCUGAUCUAGUAAAUGAACAUGGAAGGACUUCAUACAGGUUCAAGUUCCUGUGUCCAGGUGUGUUCCAGUGUGAUUUGACAGGGCUGGUGUUUAAAAUGAUCCGUGACGGGGAGUUGGUAUACAGAACCACCCAGUGGGAUGAGGGUGUCCUUGAGUCAGCUAGAAAGAUCCCUGCAGGUCCACUGUUCAACAUCCAGGAUUCAGAGGAUGCUGUCUCUCAACUUCACCUCCCACACUGUGCAAAACAAUCCUCUUUGCUUUCCAAACACCUGUCUGUGGCCCACAUCGGUGAUAAUGGAAUGAGCAUCCUUGAACCAGUGGAGAUAACAGACACUCAUGUGGUCGUGGAUGUCCCUCACUGCUCUGCCUUUGGCUUGGUAUGGGAUAUGUUCAUAAGGCUUUUAAACAUCCAGAAACCAAUAAGUGGCCAAGUUUUGCUGUUUCACCGACCAACGAAGCAGAGUCGAAAACUGAAUGUUUUCCUACUGCCAGAAAACGUGCCGCUGCAGGAGGUAAAAGGGCAACAGGAAAAUGCAGAGUAUAUUGAGGCUCCUUCUCGCUGUCAACUCAUCCAAGACCAACCCUACAGUCUGCAUUGUUCUGAGUCCUACAGAAUACAGCCUCAGAGGGCCUCAUUUGACUUUAAGUACGGACCAAAUUACCACCCGACUUUUGAGAUCCGGCUAACGACGAGCACAGAGGAAGCAACUGUGACAGUCCAAGACCAGGAGGGGAAACCGGCCUGGGAUUAUCAUAUUGAACUACCUGCCUCGAGUUCACCUGCCCUGUCAACCCCACCUCCAGUCAAUGAAACAGCCUGGUUCCCAGCUGAAGAAAUAGCUACAACUGCUCUGUCAACCCAGCCUCUGGCCACUGAAGCAGCUUCACUCCCUGUGCCAGCUAGAGAUGAAGGUCCAGAUUCAAGGAGACAUAAUCUUCAAAGGACGCCGGCUUUCCUUGGGAAGGAAGAGAAGAAGUUGUUCUCCGUUCGGAAAGAAUUUAUUAACAGAGUGUCCACGUCUGUUCUGAAGGAUCUGCUCGAUGUACUUCUGCAAGAGAGAGUUAUAAACAGUGGGGAAAUGGAGGACAUUCAAGCCAUGCCCAGGACAGAAAAAGCAAGUGCGCUGAUUGACAUGGUGCUGAGAAAGGGACAACUGGCUUGUAAAAUUCUGAUUGAUGCUUUCUGUAAACAAGAUCCAUUUCUUUCUGAAUGGCUGCAGUUAAAGACGCAAAGAUAAGAAAUGGUAGAAUACUAAAAACUGUCUUAUGUCAGUACAUUUAGAAAACUGGGCUUGAUGAGAUCAUUUACUGUUAAAAGCCUUGUUUUAAAGUUUUACUCUGACAUACAGAGUUUUGCAAACUGCAGAUCUAUGGAAUAAUGAGCCAGCAGCUGUGCCACAUUGACUCUCAGGCACAAGCAAUGCUGCCUGUUGACUGUUGACAUUGUUUUUGUCUUUAAUCAGAUUUGUGUGAGUAUGUAUAUAAGUAAUUGGCUGAUUCUAGCAUAUCAGACUGAAGUUAAUAUUGCAAGUUGUGUUGUGUAAUGAAUAUUUUGAAUAUUAUAUGUUUUACAUGCCAUAGUAUGCUCAAGUUCAACAUGAUUUGUGGCCCGACCCCCCGAAUAUAUUAAAAUAUGCAGGAAGUUGAAAGUAAUUUAGCUGAUGAUAUGUUGUUAAUUGGCUGUCAAAUGUCAUUUUUAUUGUUUGUGUAAAAGAUCUCUAGGAUGUUCAGAGUAUCUCAAAAUGCAAGUGUUAUAUCAACUUUGUCUGUGUCAGUUCUGCUGAUAUUUACGUUCUCCUUACAGUUCCUCCCUUCACUUACUUUUGCACUUGGUAAAGCUUUUAUGUCAAACAUCA